AUGGCUACUAACAACCCAUUCGCAGCGCUGUUAGACCCUCGUGAUAUAACGGCUAAGCUUGCUGUCAUACAGCCGGCUGCUGAUUGGGAUGCUCCUAUUAAACUCACUCUCACGGAGGCGGCGUUGAAAGAUACUUCGUAUGAAUGUAUAUCCUAUGAUCGUUCGAGCGUCACGGCCGUGCCCACACGAAGGAGUGCCCCGCCACCGCCUCCUGCCGACAAAACGAUGACCAUCUCAAUCGAUGGACAGGAUCAGGAUAUUCCCCAUCACCUCGAAAGUGCGUUGCGUAUGUUUAGACGCAAAGAGAGGCAGCGUACCAUAUGGGCUGACGUCCUUGUAAGCCGCACCGUCGAAGAGCGCAGUGCCCAAGCCGACGUGCAGCGGUUCGUGUUGGGAAACGCAGAGCGAACGUUAUGUUGGCUAGGUCCAGACGAUGGGGAAUCUACAACUAAGGCUUUUGAAACUAUUCAUGAGAUGGCGCGUCGCUUCUGGGAAGCCUGCCGGCACGUUGGAAUUGGACCUGAUAUGAGGCUAUCUCAAGCGACACCGCAGCAAAUGACCGGAAUCAAGGAUCAUCUUUUCAGCUGCCCCUAUAACGACCUGGAUUCCUUCAACUUUCGUCACUGGGGUAAUAUCUACGACAUUUUCGGCUCGAAGUACUGGUGUUCUGUACAAGCCAUAGCCGACAUCGUGCUUGCGAAGGCACCUAUCGUCGUGUGUGGCCGAAGCAACAUUCCCUGGGAUGCCUAUAUCGCCGCUACUCGUGCUAUGGUCUAUUUCCAGCUCAAGUUCUUCAAGGUCCCGUUCCUACCUCAUGUUUUGAAGGGCUUCCAAAUCUCCAACGAGAUCGAGGUCGCUGCGCGUAAGAAGCGGUUGGGCGAGGCUGUCGAGUUGUUACCUAUGAUCCAGACUGCUCGAGAUUGCGACUCCAAAGACCCGAGAGAAAACGUCUUUUCAAUGCUGCAUGUUGUAACGCCGUCCGCGCGCACUAGACAUCAUGGAGCUGGUGCCCAACCUUUACCAAAGAUCGACCAUUCCAAGACCGCACAGCAGGUAUUCACCGAGGUUGCUCGUUAUUCCAUACUAGAACGUCAGGAUUUUAUGUUAUGGUACAGCGAACGCCCACCAUGUACAAAACGUUUAAAGGGACUACCGAGUUGGGUUCCCGACUUCAGCGCCCCGCCGCCUCAAUGCACAAGCAACUCUUUCUUCAAUCCCAAUAUGGGCAUGCGUCUCUGGUGGGAGGCUGUCCCUCACCGCUUCAGGAAACCUAUCACUGUAUCCGCCGAAGACAAUGCCGUGCAUCUUCAAGUGCGACCGCUAGAUCGCAUCGUGCAUGUCUCGCCCGUAGUAUUCAACGGGGGCAACUUCCGACGCCUGUGCUUCACCGAGUUCAACAACCUCCCGUCAGAAACAUCCAAUAACGAAACCCUUGCCCAAAGAACCGAGCGUUUCUGGCGCGCGAUCCUCCUCAAUGGGAGUGACCAGACAGGCGCAACCAUGCGGGAGAGACUGCCACCGCCGUCUUCUCUAGGCGUGCACUUUGAUAGCUUAAUAGCCGAGGAAAGCAUAUUGAAAGCUCUAGACUGCACCAUGGUCGACCUACAGACGCCCGAGAACGCGGCGCGCAUACAAAACUCACCCGAGCUACUGGCACUGGUACCUCGAUGCGACAACGCCAAGCCCUUUGAGGACUUAUUAUUAAGUAACGCCUGUGGACGCCGGUUCUUUAGGACUGCGGGCGGCAGGUUCGGUAUGACUGCUAUCGAGGAUGUGGUAGCCGCCGACAACAACUUAGUAGGCAAAGAACCGCAGGACGAGGAAGGGGAUGUGAGGGCGAAUCUCGGUCAGUUGAUGAGCGACCCCCUUCAGAACCUUUUAAUGCAGGGAUUCCAGCAGUACCUGAACCAGCGGUCCCCAGAAACCGCGCCUAUACUUGCCCGGGCUAUAAGAGGUGAUAUGCCAGGGCAGAACCCAGAUCAACGCACGGAUAGUGGCACGCGGGAAGGUGAUAUUAUCGUAGCUGCUAUUGGCGGAUUCUUCCCGUACGUCUUACGACCUAAAUCUCAGUCUCAGCAAGCAGGAGAGACAGGGGAGGAAAGCAGCUCGGGGCCUACCGCUCAGGCUGAUGAAGAACCGUCAACGUAUGAGUUUAUUGGCGAUUGCUAUUUUCACGGGGCGAUGGAUGGAGAAGACUUUACUGCAGCCGGUAACUUCGAUACAAGACAUAUUGCUAUAGAUUUAUCGAAGAUUGUUGAUAUUACAAUUGUAUAA